AUGGGGCUGCCCACGCUGGAGUUCAGCGAUUCCUACUUGGACAGCCCGGAUUUCAGGGAGCGCUUGAAGUGUCAUGAGAUCGAACUGGAAAGGACGAACAAGUUCAUCAAGGAACUGAUUAAGGACGGCAGCCUCCUCAUCGGGGCCUUGCGGAAUUUAUCCAUGGCAGUGCAAAAAUUUUCACAGUCUUUACAAGAUUUCCAGUUUGAGUGUAUUGGAGAUGCUGAAACUGAUGAUGAAAUUAACAUUGCCCAGUCACUGAAAGAGUUUGCUCGACUUCUGAUUGCUGUUGAAGAGGAGAGGAGACGACUAAUCCAGAAUGCUAAUGAUGUGCUAAUAGCACCGCUGGAGAAGUUUCGUAAAGAGCAAAUAGGAGCAGCAAAAGAUGGAAAGAAGAAGUUUGACAAGGAAAGUGAAAAAUAUUAUUCCAUCCUAGAGAAGCACUUAAAUUUAUCAGCAAAGAAGAAAGAGUCUCAUUUGCAAGAUGCAGAUACACAGAUUGACAGAGAGCAUCAAAACUUUUAUGAAGCCUCAUUAGAAUAUGUUUUUAAAAUUCAAGAAGUACAAGAGAAAAAGAAAUUUGAAUUUGUAGAACCUCUCUUGGCCUUUCUUCAAGGAUUAUUUACAUUUUACCAUGAAGGAUAUGAACUUGCUCAGGAGUUUGCACCAUACAAGCAGCAGCUGCAGUUCAAUUUGCAGAAUACACGGAAUAACUUUGAAAGCACGAGGCAGGAAGUGGAGAGACUCAUGCAAAGAAUGAAAUCAGCCAACCAGGAUUACAGACCACCAAGUCAAUGGACAAUGGAAGGCUAUCUCUAUGUGCAGGAGAAACGACCUCUUGGAUUUACAUGGAUAAAACACUACUGCAAUUAUGAUAAAGGAACAAAAACAUUUACAAUGAGUAUAGCUGAAACAAAAUCUGGUGGAAAAGUGAAUGGCCUUGUCACAAGCUCACCAGAAGUCUUCAAGCUAAAAUCUUGCAUCAGGAGAAAGACAGAUUCAAUUGACAAGCGUUUCUGUUUCGAUAUUGAAGUAUUUGAGAGACCUGGAAUUAUCACACUGCAAGCAUUUUCAGAAUCCAACAGAAAACUUUGGCUUGAAGCUAUGGAUGGAAAGGAACCAAUCUACACAUUGCCAGCCAUUAUUAGCAAGAAGGAGGAAAUGUUCUUAAAUGAAGCAGGUUUCAACUUUGUGAGGAAAUGUAUUCAUGCUGUAGAAACAAGAGGUAUCACAAUCCUGGGGCUGUACAGAAUAGGUGGUGUAAACUCCAAGGUGCAAAAGCUGAUGAAUACCAUAUUUUCCCCUAAAUCUCCUCCUGAUAUGGAUAUUGAUAUGGAACUUUGGGACAAUAAAACAAUAACAAGUGGACUUAAAAACUACCUCAGGUGUCUUUCAGAACCACUGAUGACUUUUAAGCUGCACAAAGAUUUCAUUGUUGCUGUUAAGUCAGAUGAUCAGAACUACAGAGUUGAGGCAGUGCAUGCACUUGUGCAUAAGUUGCCAGAGAAGAACAGAGAGAUGCUGGACAUCCUUAUCAAGCACUUGGUCAAGGUAUCAUUACACAGUCAGCAAAACCUAAUGACUGUAUCCAACCUUGGUGUUAUCUUUGGACCAACUCUGAUGAGAGCCCAAGAAGAAACCGUGGCUGCUAUGAUGAACAUUAAGUUUCAGAAUAUCGUCGUUGAAAUUCUGAUAGAGCAUUAUGAAAAGAUAUUUCACACCGCACCAGACCCCAAUAUUCCUCUUCCCCAACCUCAGUCCCGAUCAAGUUCAAGAAGAACAAGAGCAAUCUGUCUCUCCACAGGUUCACGUAAACCCAAAGGAAGAUACACACCAUGUCUAGCAGAUCCUGACAGUGACUCCUACAGCAGUAGUCCAGACAGCACUCCUAUGGGCAGCAUUGAAUCUCUCUCUUCUCAUUCCUCUGAGCAGAACAGCACCACCAAAUGUGUGCCCUCACAGCCCAGGGAGAAAUCAGGAGGGAUUCCAUGGAUUGCUUCUCCUCCUUCUUCUAAUGGCCAGAAGAGUUCAGGCCUCUGGACUACAAGUCCUGAAUCUUCAUCAAAGGAGGAUGCAACCAAAACAGAUGUGGAGUCAGACUGUCAAAGUGUAACUUCCGCCACUGGAACAGAGAAUGCCUCUCUGUCAACAGACCUGACCAAAAAGAGUUCUUACAGUCUGUCUGGGCUGAAAAGGUCUUCAGCAUCUUCCCUUAGAUCAAUUCCAUCAGCUGAAGGUAACAAGAGCUGCAGUGGGUCUAUACAGAGUUUAUCUUCAACAGAUACCAGAGAUACACCAAAGCCUCCACCAAACCCUGAUUUGCCUCCCAAAAUGUGCAGGAGAUUAAGAUUAGAUACUGCAUCAAGUAAUGGCUAUCAAAGACCAGGAUCUGUAGUGGCUGCAAGAGCACAGUUAUUUGAAAGUGCUGGUUCACUUAAACAAGUUUCUUCGGGACGACAAGCAAAAGCCAUGUAUUCCUGUAAGGCUGAGCAUAGUCAUGAGCUGUCUUUCCCACAAGGGGCAAUAUUUUCCAAUGUGUAUCCAUCAGUGGAACCAGGUUGGCUAAAAGCAACUUAUGAAGGCAAAACAGGACUCGUUCCUGAGAAUUAUGUUGUCUUCCUCUAG